ACGGCCAGGGACCAAGCUACUCGUAAACACCAUCAGAGUGUACACAAGAACACGUACGCGGCGCACGGCGUCGUUAGUCACCAAGCGGGCCAUCGGCAAUGGCGAGCACGCAAGCUCCAGCGGCGGCCGACAACGUGGACCCCGUCUACGAGUGGCUCGACGAUGGCGCCAGCUACCUUCUCCGCCUCGACCUCCCAGGGUUCAAGAAGGAGGACUUUCGGGUGCACGUGGACGGCGAGGGCCGGCUCACCGUCAUCGGCAAUCGCAAACCCACGCCCGGCGGCGGCGGCAAGGCGCUGCGGCUCCACAAGACGUUCCAGCUGCCCAAUACGGCCAACCUUGAUACCAUCACGGGCCGCUUCGACGGCAACGUGCUCACGCUCACCGUGCCCAAACUGCUCGCCGGUGCUGAUGCCCCCACAACGCCACCACCGCAGUCCAAGGAGGAGGCGCGAGUCGCCGGCGAUAAGCCAGAUCAGGCGGACAAGCUGCCCGCCAGGGUUGGCCGUGGCCGUGAGGAGACGACGGAGGAGCGGAGGACCACCGAGACCGAGAGGACUAGCUUGGCUGCGACAAGCAAAGAGGAAGACGAGGAGAAGGCCAAGCCCAUGGUGGCGCUGCCGCCGCAGUCGAGCGAGAAGGCGAGCGGAGACCAUCAACGAGAUGACCAGCAGGAUGGCAAGGCGCAGGCCGACCACAGGCACAGGGAGAUGGUCGCUCGCGAGGCCGCGCGCAGGAUCGAGGCGGCGCGGGCGAGGGUGGCGGAGGCCAAGGCCAAGGCGGAGCGGGAGAGGAAGUGCGAGCACUGGAAGGAGCGCGCCGUGGAGGAGGGCCUCAGGUUGGCGGAGGCGGUCAAUAACAAGAAGGAGGUGAUCGCCACGGCCGUCGCCGCCUUCACACUUGGCGUCUUCGUCUCCAGUAGGCUCUUCUCCAGGACUUAAUCAACCCAUGCGUAAUCAUGGAGCAGACAAUUUCACGUAUGUGUGAGCAUGAGAACAUGAGCAGCAUCGCCAGGUUAUAUUGAUUCGUAGACUUGUACAUGCAUGAUCCAGCACUAAUAUUCAUAUGUAUUAAUUAUUGCUCCCUAUUGAGCACU